AUGGCCGCCGCUCUUCCUCAAGGCGGGAUAAUUCCACCAUCUCCCACCGGCGCCGACUGCUCAUUCCACCAGGACCACUGGGAUUGCGCCGCGCCAUGCACGACUCGCACAAGCACUCAACUCCAGAUCGCGGCCACGAUCACCAACCUGCCUGAGUUCAUGGACUCGAUGAAUGCCAAAUUCUCCACCUCUGGUGUGUCUUUCUCUGGGACUACUGUCUUUGUGCACACCUCUCUGUACACCUUCCCCGGCGGCAGUUUCACUGGUUAUGGCAUCUACGACUCCAACGCCCUCCGUAGCGCCGGCUACAGCAUUCUCACAUCCCUUUCGGUCUUCACCACGUGUCCGACGUCGACGGCCACUCUGCCCCCUUCUCCUACCGGCAGCCUGUGUAGCCCUCAUGGUGAUCAUUUGCCCUUUUCCCGUGCCUGUGUGGCUCUAAUCGACUUAUAG